AUGCAUCCAACUCUACGUCUAUCCCGAUCCACCAUCAGUCUCAACAUCCUUCGCACCACAGCUCCCACCUUUCUCUCUCUCCCAAUACCACCAGCAAACCCCAGAGUCUCAUGUCUACGAUUUACCCACCGGUAUUUUAGCGACACCAGCAGCAAUCGCCAAGGUGAAAAACCUAGCGUCAAAGAUUUGCCCGCGUCGCCUGCGAGUCGCGAGUUGGAACAUCCAGGCCCUCCACCCCCAGAUACCAGAAAACCAUCGGUCGCACCGCCCAGCGAGCAACAGAUAGACGCAGACCGGGAACGGCGCGAAAGACACCAACAGAAGCAGCGCGACGAAGCAGUCGCGGCAGUGGCAGAGGGGACGACGUCGACGGGCGCAAAGCCGACAAUAACUAGUGGCUCAGAGUCGCCGAAUAUCGAUGCCCAAGGCCGUGUCAAGGAGGAUGUGCCGGAGGAUGUGAGACGGCAUAAUAAGGAGAUGGAGGGUAGGUAUGAUCGUGCGUACAAUCAGAUUGCAGACGAAGGGACGCAUAAUAGGGGGAUUUGGCAGGGGGAUAAUGCGUUAAGAAAUGAUCAAAAAGGGGGGAGCAGUUGA